CGCCCCCUUGCGUCCAGUUGGAAAACCGAGCAGCGCCAGCAGCACAGUAGUAGCAGCUAGAAGUCCUGGGACAGUUGUAGUCUAAACUAGCCUUCCAGAGAAUUGCAAUGGUUUAUAAUCUUUUGCCAUGUCUGAAAUGCUGAUGAAAGAUCUAGAAGAGAUUUCUCUCGGGCCUGUUAAGAUGGACGAGCAGAAGGAAGAUGGACGGAGUUUUCUCCUGGUGGACGAAAACGAAAGCUUGCAGGUGAAGAACGAAGCAGAGUUUUUGCAGAAGUUGGGCUGCAGUGCUGCUCAAGGAGUCAAAGUGCUCUCUAUCUUCGGUAACACGGGCGACGGCAAGUCCCACACUCUCAAUCACGUGCUUUUCAGUGGUGAGGAGGUGUUCCUCACGUCCCCUUCUCCGUCCUCAUGCACGGUGGGCGUGUGGGCCGCUUACGAGCCGCGUCUGAACCUGAUCGUGCUGGACACGGAGGGCCUGCUCGGUGCCGCCAGUCAGCAGAACCGGCGGAUGCGUCUGCUGCUGAAGGUCCUGGCCGUGUCAGACGUGGCCAUCUACCGCACGCGGGCCGAGAGGCUGCACAACGACAUGUUCCAGUUCCUCGGCAGCGCGUCGGCUGCUUACCUGAAGCACUUCACACCUGAGCUCCGCGCUCUGUCUAACCGCUGCGGGCUGGACGUGCCUCUCUCUAGCCUGGGACCUGCUGUUAUAGUUUUCCAGGAGACUGUUCGCACGCUUCUGCUAGGCCAGGAUGCCUCUGUCCUGGGACAAGCAGACACACUUCUGCAAAAGCGCUUCCAUGACUUGGGCCAGAGCACAGACGCCUUCAGCUCUGUUCAGUACGUGGGCACCCAAACCAUCACCCCCCCCACAGACUACUCCCAGUUACUGCAGAUAGUCAAUCAGCAGGUGAACAACACAUCCCAGAGAGCCCCGCGCCAGCCGGCCAUCGUGUUCAGUGCAUUGCAGGCUUUGAGCAACAGGUUCUGUGGAGAGAUCUCAGAUGACAAAAUCAGCAUAUUCUCCUUCUUUCCUGAUGAAUAUUUCACUUGUCCAUCAGUCUGUCUCAGCUGCAAUGUUCGGUGUAAGAAUGGCAUGAACCACCAGAAAGACGGGGUCUCACACAUGGCCGAUGGAUUAUGCCAGUAUGCCCACCAAUACAACAAUAAAGUUAUCAUUUGUAAGAGGUGCUAUGAGAGUGGAAAAGAAGUGAUUGUCAUGCCGAAAACAUCUGCCUCCACAGAUAACCAAUGGCUGGGUUUGGCCAAGUAUGCAUGGUCAGGCUAUGUUUUAGAGUGUGCCAGCUGUGGCAUCAUCUACCGCAGUAGACAGUACUGGAUGGGCAACCAGGAUCCAGAGAGCAGUGUGGUGCGGCCAGAGGUCAAGCAUGUCUGGCAGGGGACCGAUGCCUUCCAGACAGACCAUCAGAAUGCAGCUCAGCGGGUUUUGGAUGGUAUGAAUUACAUAAUCCAGUCAGUGACAGAAUACAGCUCAGGCCCAACUAAAGCCGUCACUGCCUGGCUCACAGACCGGGUGGCUCCACCCUACUGGAAACCCAACUCUGAAAUCAUUGAAUGUCUUGGCUGUAAAAGAGCGUUUGAGGAGGCGGAGAGGAAACACCACUGUCGGGCAUGUGGGGAGGGUUUCUGUCAGGCCUGCUCCACUCACAGCAUGCUAGUGCCCGAGAGGGGCUGGGGCGGGACCCCUGUACGGGUGUGUGAUGCCUGUUACCGGCAGGGAGGACCCCAGCAAACUGGACAGGUGGCUGUUACAGAGCCCCGGACACUAGUCGCCCGCAGAGUGACGGAAGUAGCUCAGUCCACUCUGGAUAUGGUCUCCAAUGCAGUGGACUUCCCCCUGGGUUUCGUGAAGGGAGUUGCAAGACCAGACUAUUGGAUCCCAGACCAUGAGAUCACCCAGUGUCACAGCUGUACUAAACCCUUCACCCCCAGCAUGUCCAAGCACCACUGCCGGGCAUGUGGUCAGGGGGUGUGCGGGAACUGCUCGAUGAAGACCAGGCCAGUGCCCUCUCGUGGCUGGGACCACCCUGUGCGAGUGUGUGAUGGCUGCGCUGACAGCAGGGAUUCCCUGUGACCUUGCUGUGCCUCUGUAGUGCCACUCCAGUACAUCUUAGUGCUAGGUGCUGGUUGUAGCCAGUUUCAUCCUUAGGCAGUGUAAUCGGGUCUGAGAGGAAGAAGAAACACUGCAGCUGCACAGACAAACACUCAGGCUUUUCAAAGCAUUAGAGAGUGAUGAUAUCUGGGUUAUAUUUCAUCUCAAAAUCAAAAGAGAAAAAUGUUAAAUGAUAUGUUGCGUAAUUAAUAUAUUUUUUUGUGUGUGUAUAUAUAUAUAUAUAUAUAUAUUAGUGCUGUCAAACCGUGAUUAAUCACAUCC